AGCUUUAUAAGUCAUAGAUAGAUCGUUUUUUACUUUUAUCAAUUAUCUUUAGAUCAAUCUUCUUUAAACAAGAAAGAAAUCAUUUUUAUUUUACUUAAAUUCAAGUUUUUGGUAAAAAGAUAUAAGGAAUUAAAUAGGUUUAUCUGUUAAAAGUCAAAGUGUUAUAAAAUCUAUCGGAUCAAUUCGUCCAACCAUCAAGAAAUCCACCAAGUCUUACAAUAUAGAAAGAGCUUUUUUCUUUGAAGAUGUGGGAAACGAUGGCAUGGACCAAUGGUCUACAAGGACUGAUUACCAUCCUUAUUCUUUUUGAUCAUUCGUCUUUGGCUUUUCAUCCUUGGGAAUCAGAUCUAGAUUGUUUAGGUAGACCUACUAGUUUGAUGUGGCAAUCACCUUUGAUUCAAACACUUUUAUCUUCACGAUUUUUGUUGUACUUAUAUUUCACUUUAUCAGGCUACAUACUCUCUGUUCGACAUUUUUCAUCAAUCCAUUUAAAUCAUCAAUCUAAAUCUCAAUCAAUUCAAGAAAUCCUUAAAACGUUUAUUCAUAGAAACCUAUAUUUGAUCAUCAUCGUUUCGAUUUCCACUUAUCUUGAUUUUUGUUGUUGGUUACUUGGUGUAUUUAAUUCGAUUGAUUUAGGUGAGAUGGGUACGAAUUGGUCUAGAGAUGUUACAUUUCAAUAUGAAAGGAUAUUUUAUAAAAAGGUUUCAUUAGAAACCGUUCAGAAUUUUGUUUAUGUUUGGUUUGAUCAUGGAACUCUUUCGAAUUAUAAGACACCUCAUUGGACACUUUUUUCAGAAUUCUAUGGAUUAAUAUCAAUUUGCAUCUUCACAAUCAUUACAAUCUCAAUGAAAACCUGGAAAAGACAAUUCUUAGGAUACAUGAUUGUGAUAGUAAUGUACUCCAAGAGUUUGAUAGGUCCAGCUUCAUUUCUUAUUGGAACAUUAAUUUCAGAUUUACAUACUUAUCAAAUCUUUUCAAGGACUACUACCAUCGAAAACAAUAAGUUAAAAGGGAUUUAUUUAAAUAUAGCAUCACUUUAUUUAACUUUAUUAACUUGUUUCUUAAUUAGUUUUCCUCAUUCUCAAUCAUCAUCAAAUCCGAUUCUUCAAAAGAUUUAUGUAUCCAUCAAACAUUGGUUUGAAGAAAACCCAUCAGACUUUCAAGAUUUCUUUAAUUCAUUAGGAUCAAGUAUGAUGAUCUUAAGUAUUCUAAUUUCAAAAGAUUCCAGAAAGUUUUUAUCUCAUUCGACUCUUUGUUUCUUUGGUGAUUUAUCACUUUCACUUUACUUUAUACAUAUUCCAAUCUUGAUUGGUAUUGGUACUAUGGUUUAUAAAUCAGGUCUUCAACUUUCGAUUCCAAUUCAAUUGCUUUGGCUCAUAGUACAUCCGAUUUGGUUUUCAUGUGCGUUUUGGUUAAGUUGGAUGAUCACUUUAAUGACAUAUGAAUUCUUGAAUUUCUUGGAUCAAUUCGACUUAACUUCAUGGUGGAAAAGUUUAUUAAAUUUUAAAAAUUCAUGGCAUGUUCAGGUUAAUGAAGAUCAAUUGAUCUUUAAUCAAUUUGAAACUAUUCAUGUUUUGGUUCAUAAUGGUUAUAGUGAAAAACAGUAUUCAAGAGUUGAUUAAAGAUCAUUUCAACUUUUUUGAUUUUAGGAUUGAUUAGAUCUUCUUACUCUUGAUUGAUAUCAUAGUGAUUUAUAUUUAAGAAAAUUGUAUAUAUAUUGGAUUCAUCACUCGUUCUUUUUCUUCAAAACUUCAUCAAGUUUGUUAAAUCACAUUUAGUUUAUACCAUCAAAAAUACGCAACGCAAGCAUUUUUUAUUUAUUUUGAAAAUCGAAUUCCUCCUUUUGUAAACAACAUACAUACAUAUAUUGUAAUUCUUUAAAUUAGGUCAUUUACACACAUACUCGUCGUUAUUUUUCUUUCUUACAUUCUUUACAUCUUGUUUAUUUUUUUUUCUUAUUAAAAACAAUAGUUCAUUUUAUUUUGUAUAUUUUGGGUUUUUUUGUCAUUUUUUUUUAUAUUUGAUUGGGAAUUAUAAGUGCAUAUCUUGGAAGAAAAAUUCACCAGUGACAGAACGAGUGUUUUAAAGCAAAGACUGUAUCAAGUCGUUUUUUUUG